AUGCGCCAUAAUCAAGUUGUCUACCGUUACAAACCGAAACCACUCGAAAAAGUGGUUUGGAAACAAGUGGAGCGGCGGACGGCUGAUGGGUAUUUGAUCUCGGUAUCGAGUCAGGAGUCCGUCCAAGUUGCUGACUACGAUAAAUUUUAUGCCUGCCCAGUUUCUGAAUCCGGAAACGGCUACGCCGCUAAAAAAGCCGAUCGGUCGGGAAACCCGAAUCACACCCUCGAAGCCGAACGGAUCGGGCUGGCCACCGCUUACAACGAAUACCGCAAAAUGCAUCUUGUCGUGGCUUGCUUCGAA